AUGAGUAGUAGUGGCCGUCCGGGUGUUAUCGCGUUCAUUUGGAGGAAUUUCAUCGAUUCGUUCAGCCGGGAACGUUUCAGGAAGAGAUUCGUCGGGGUGGAUGAUGAAGGCAAUAGGUAUUAUGAACUGAUAAAAUCAACUAGAAUCGUCAAAAGAGGUUUCAUUCCUGCUGAAAAUUCCUCGGAAGUGCCUCCUCCGGAAUGGAUGACUUGGCUGAGGGGUGUCCGAAAAUUACCUCCUACCGAAGAUGAAGUUGCUGCAAUCCGACAAGCCAGUAAAGAGGUGAGCAGUAUUAUUAGUUAG